GCUCCAUGAAUGGUUGUCUAUUAACUUGUUCAAAAAGUAUCAGGAGUUGUCAAGGCUUGUGGCUUGUGGAAGAGGGGAAAACGGAGUUUUGAUUUCUUUAAGACUCAGAAAGAAGUUUUGUGAGCGUGAGAGGACUUUUUUUUUUUCCACCGGGAGCAAAAGAGAAAGAAGAGAGAGAUUUUUGUUUUUGUUUUGUUUUGUUUUUUACCACGAAAGAGUUUGGAACUUUUGUAAUUUUUGUUGUUUUAUUUUUUUUUACUUUCGUUUGCUCGGUCGAGGAAGAGUUCUCCCUCAAACCGGCGUUUUAAAUGUACAACAUGAUGGAGACCGAGUUGAAACCCAAUCCCGGGGGUAAUAACACCGGCACCGGGAACACCGGAGGCGGCACACCGGGACAGAAGAACAGUCCGGAGCGCGUAAAGAGGCCCAUGAACGCGUUCAUGGUGUGGUCCCGCGGCCAGCGGCGAAAAAUGGCCCAAGAGAACCCGAAGAUGCACAACUCUGAGAUCAGUAAGAGGCUGGGCGCCGAGUGGAAGCUGCUGUCCGAGUCUGAGAAGCGGCCGUUCAUCGACGAGGCCAAGCGGUUGCGCGCUCUGCACAUGAAGGAGCACCCGGACUACAAGUACCGGCCGCGGCGGAAGACCAAGACGCUCAUGAAGAAGGACAAGUACGCGCUGCCCGGCGGGCUCCUGGCACCGGGCGGCGGUGGCGGUGGAAACCUGGGUGGUAACGGCAUGAGCGCCGGCGUAGGCUCGGGCCUCGGCGGCCUCGGAGUCAACCUUGGGGUCAACCAGAGGAUGGACGCGUACGCGCAUAUGAACGGCUGCUGGAGCAACGGGGGCUACGGCAUGAUGCAGGAGCAGCUGGGCUACGCAGCGGCGGCGAGUCCCAUGCAGCAGCAGCAGCAGCACCACGUACACCGCUAUGACAUGAGCGCGCUGCAGCCGUACGGCUCCAUGACGAGCGCGCAGACCUACAUGAACGGCUCGCCCACGUAUAGCAUGUCGUCCUACCCGCAGCUCAGCUCAAUGGGCUCGGCGGUGAAGUCCGAGGCCAGCUCGAGUCCACCCGCCGUCACGUCCGCGUCGCACGUCAGAGCCGCCGCCGCGCCCGCAAGCGCACACGCACCGCCACCGCCCUCGUGCCAAACCGGGGACCUGCGGGACAUGAUCAGCAUGUAUCUGCCCGGGGCGGAAGUGGCCGAGCAGACGGGCCAAAGCAGACUGCACCUGUCGCAACACUACCAGAGCGCACCUGUGCACGCAACCACGAUUAACGGCACCAUCCCGUUAUCGCACAUGUAAAUUCACUUCUUUUUUGUUUUUUGUUUUUCCUUUUUUUUCUAUCACACUGGACUCCUCUAGACUGGACUAUAUUAAUUUUAUUAUUAUUUUUUUUGUACAGAAUGUUUUUUCUUGGUGAGGGAAACUUUUAAAGGACUAAAGGAAAAAAGAACACAAGCCUUUCUUUCUUUCUUUCUUUCUUUCUUUCUUUCUUUCUUUCUUUCUUUCUUUCUUUCUUUCUUUCUUUCUAUUUAAAUAAGAAACGGUAGGAACACCAACAAGGGUUGUUUUUUGUUUUUUGUUUUGUUUUUUUAUUAAAAAUCUAUGAAUUUCUUUGGAAAUGGAAAAUGUGUGUGCGUGGGAUCGGGGGAAAAGGUAUAGUAAUCAAUCAAAUGUUUUAUUAUUGCAAUCAACUUUUGUACAGUAUUUAUCAAAGAAACAUAACAAUCAGUUGUAAUGUUUGUAUAAAACUACACUAAAGAAGUUUUUUUAUUAAGAAAGAUAAUGACAGAAUUGACACUUAUCAUACUCUAAAAACUGUGCAAAAAAAAAAAACCCCAAGAAGACCAGACAAAGUGGAAGUAAAGAGCAGGUCAGAUUAUUUCAUCCUGAGGGUUAAAUAUUACUAAACCAAUUUAAUUUAGUUUCAGAUGACGAGCGCGUUAAUUUAUACCUUUUUUUGUUGCAUCUCCAACCCUGCAUCUGUUCAAGCUCUCGAGUUUGUGUUCUUUAUUUUCUCAUGGUUUUGUAAAAAAGUUCUGUAUAUUUUACUGUGAGUUUUUAUUUUUCAAAAAAAAAUUCCGUAGUUGUAUUUUAAAGAAUUGUGGCCUGUAGGCAAAAUGCCAAACACGCGACAUGUACAUAUCUGAACUAAUAGCGACAUAACAGUUACAACUUCAGAUGAGGUUUUUUUUUUCAAUAUGCAGUUUGAAAUGAAUAAAUUUUUGAAAUUUGGAUAUUUGAAA